GACCAAUCCCAUUGCCACUUCUCAGUCUCUCAAUGCGAAUGCGAGUGCGCGAGACCAACGCGGAGGAAUUUCACACCAUCAUCAUGGAACAUUUCCACGGGCAACCAUGGCAUCAAAAUACUAUAAGUAUUUUCCACGCUGCCACGGAAGGGACACUAUUUCUAAUGCAAGCACAAACACAAGCAAAGACAUCCCAAUUACCUAUCGCAACAAGCCCUCAGCUCAUUCUGUAACGCCUGCUACUGAUCGGAAUUAAGCACGUUUCAAAAUCAGCCAAUCAACAUGACCUCCACCCAUUUUAAGGUCAUCGUCGUCGGAGGUGGCCCCGUCGGUUUGACGGCGGCCCACGCGCUCUGGCGCGCCGGAAUUGACUUUGUCCUCCUCGAGAGCCGUCCCAGCAUUGUCAUCGACGCCGGCUCCAAUCUCGUCCUUCUGCCCAUGGGCCUCCGUCUGCUCGGCCAGCUCGGCCUGCUUGAAGCCCUCAACACCGUCAGCUCGCCCCUUGGCCGGAUCCAGAGAACCGACCACGUCGGCUGUGACAUCGGCGAUGCGAAUUUCUUCGUCCAUUACAAAGAAAAUCAUGGCAUCGCCCCCCGCGUCAUCUCGCGCCUCGACCUCACUCAAGUCCUCUACACCACCCUCCCAUCAGAGGUGCAAUCUUGCCUGCUCCCCGACAAGCGCGUCGCCACCAUCACCACGACCCCCAACUUUACGACUGUCAAUUGCACCGACGGCACUACUCACACAGGAUCCAUCAUCAUCGGUGCCGAUGGCGCCCACAGCCUCGUCCGCCGCCAGAUGCGCGCCCUUGCCCUUCAAUCCGGCUCCCCACCCGACGAGGUCAACCCUGAGCAGCCCUUCCUAACAACCUACCAAGCGAUAUGGGUCCGGUUUCCCACACCAGCUAACCUCACGCCAGGCGACGCACGGGAAACACACGGGGUCGGCGCAGCGGUGCAACUAUUCGCUGGUGAGGAGACGUCCGUCAUCGGAGUUUACGAGCGGCUAGCCUCGCCGACGACAGCGCGGCUGCGGUUCGGCGCGGCUGAGGAGGAGGCCUUUAUCGCGCGGAGGGGGAACCUGCCUAUCUCGGCGGGCUUGACGAUUGGGGAUGCGUACGCUGCGCGCGUCCAGGCGGGAAUGGUCAGCCUGGAGGAGGGCGUGGCGGCUCAUUGGAGCUGGGAUUCGCGUGUCGUCCUGGUGGGCGAUGCGGCGCACAAAUUCACACCCAGUACGGGCGCAGGCUGUAACAACGGCAUGGUGGAUGUUGCGGUUCUGGUCAACCAGCUUCGUAGGUGCACUGAGGCAGGGCUGGGCGCACCCAGCAAGGCGUUGGUUGCCGAGGCACUCGCCGCAUACCAGGAAGGGAGGUACGCAGAGGUGGUCAAGGGGUGCCAAGGCGCGGGACAGGCGACGGCGACGGCGACGUGGAAGAACGCUGUGUUCAAGUUUGUCGACCUGCACAUCUUGGCGAACCACAGGGUGCAGAAGAUGUUUAUGGGUCGGGCCGCGCCGGCGAUUGCUAGGACACCGGUGCUGGAGUUUAUUGAGGGCGUGCCGAUGGCCGGGGGGAAGGUUGCUUGGGCAGAGAAUGGUGUCCAGACGAGAGCUGUUAAGGCGGGAUGAACUGCGACGGAUUCAAGUUGAAUUUUUUUUCCCUGGCUGCGGGUUUAGACUACUAUUUUUUUUCCCUUACAUAGUCAUGUAUUGGCGAUCGUUUCUUUAUUUAUAUUUGUGGUGGCGCGGGCGCAUUAAGACAUUCUGAGGACAGGGCAUAGUAGAGAAAACGGUUCUAGAAUAGAGAGUUAUUAUACUUUCGUAUUAAUUUCUCCUCAAUAUCACUG